UGACCCGGAAGUGCACGUGCAGCUGGAGCCGGAAGCGGAAGUACACGCGGGCGCAUCCACACACCGGAGGCCCAAGCAUGGCUCGCAGCGGAGACGCCGGCGGCGGAGGCGAGGACCGACGGGGCGCGAAGCGAAAAGCUCCGGCCGAGGCCCCUCGGGAGGCCCCCGAGGAUGGAGCAACAGGGAGCGGGGCGCCGGAGCAGCCCCAGCCGCGGCCCGCGGCCUUCCCGCCGGGCUUCAGCAUCUCGGAGAUCAAGAACAAGCAGCGGCGCCACUUCAUGUUCGUGCGCUGGAAGCAGCAGCAGCGAAAGGAAAAAUUGGCAGCUAAGAAAAAGCUUAAAAAAGAGAGAGAGGCACUUGGAGACAAGGCACCACCAAAACCAGUACCCAAGACCAUCGAAAAUCAGAGAGUUUAUGAUGAGACAAUAGUCGACCCUAAUGAUGAAGAGGUUGCUUAUGAUGAAGCUACAGAUGAAUUUGCUUCUCAUUUCAACAGACAGACUUCUCCCAAGAUUCUUAUUACCACAUCAGACAGACCUCGUGGGAGAACAGUGAGGUUCUGUGAACAGCUGUCCACUGUUAUACCAAACUCACAUGUUUAUUACAGAAGAGGACUAGCUCUGAAAAGAAUUAUCCCCCAAUGUAUCUCUCGAGAUUUCACGGAUCUAAUUGUUAUUAAUGAAGAUCGCAAAAUACCAAAUGGACUUGUUUUAAGUCAUUUGCCUCAUGGUCCAACAGCUCACUUUAGAAUGAGCAGUGUUCGCCUCCGCAAGGAGAUCAAGAGGAAAGGGAAAGAACCCACACAACAUUCACCUGAAGUAAUUCUGAAUAAUUUUACAACAAGACUGGGUCAUUCCAUUGGACGUAUGUUUGCUUCUCUCUUCCCCCAUGAUCCUCAGUUUAUUGGAAGGCAAGUUGCAACAUUUCAUAAUCAGCGGGAUUACAUCUUUUUCAGAUUUCACAGAUACCUUUUUAAGAGUGAAAAGAAAGUGGGAAUUCAAGAACUUGGACCGCGUUUUACCUUAAAAUUGAGAUCUCUUCAAAAAGGAACCUUUGAUUCUAAAUUUGGGGAAUAUGAAUGGGUUCAUAAGCCCCGUGAAAUGGACACAAGUAGAAGGAAAUUUCAUUUAUGAAGUAUUGAGAAGUAUGUCCUGGAUUGGACCUGACCGGGAACGUUUUGGACUUUUGUCAGUUAUUUUUGACUGAAGAGACCUCUUUUCGGAAGACACACUCACUUUUCAGCCAUAUAUUUGUCAAUGAUGAUCCUUCCACUGAUUGAUUAUUCUUUAAAUUUAUCAGCUCUAUGUAGAAAUAAUAAGUGUGUCAGAGUAUAUUAUAUAUUCAUUUUUUAAGAUAACUUUCACCUUGUACUGAGAGCUGGCAAUAGUUUUAAAAAAGAAAUAACUCAAAGGACACCUGUAUGAACUGAAUCAAGUUUAUGUACGUUGAAAUAAAUGUACUCCAUUUGAUUCCAGGCUUACCCUAUAUCUCUACCCCCCCCCCCAUUUAUUUUAUUUUUAUCUCAUGAUUCUUUGAAACCCAUUAACCACCCUUAAAGAACUACACAAAUGUGAUUUUCAUUUGAAUACUUUAUUGUAUUCUUGCCAGUGUACAAAACAGAAAUCAAUGAAAUUUCGGAGAGGUAGAUGAGAAAGUCUGACACAAGUUGAAAUUUGGAUGAUUAACUUGGCACAUUGUUGUUACACAUAUAGAUUAAAUAUUUGUGCAGGCUUUAGAAUUCUCUCUCCUUUGAAUGGUCACAAUUCACAUCACAGAACAUCACGUCACAGAUCCACAAAUGAAGACUGGAUUCGGAGAUCUGAAAAGAAAAAGUUUACACAGGAGAACGAUUAUUCUUAAAGAGGAAUACAUUCAUACAUUAUAACUAUAUAAAAGCAAGCAAUCUCAGGACACACCAGAAAUGUGGAAUAUAGUAGAGUAUUUGUACUGAAUCGGAAGACGUGGAUUCCAAUUCCUGCUCUAUCUUUUGCUGUCCUGUGAACUUUUAAAAAUUCAUAGCCAGAGUCUCACCUGGAUGAUAAUGGACAAGUGCCUCUAAGAGUUGUGAGAAUCAAAUAACUUGUGUGUGUGCCCAUUCUUCACUGAUUUGUGAAUGCAGCAAGAUUCUAACACAAUGUUCAUUGUAGAACAUGCCUGUAACUAGUAAUGGAAAGAACCUUUUCUAUUAAAAAUACUUUAGACUGGUGCUGCAGCAUCUUA